AAACCAUCCAGCAAAACUGUGUGUCGAAGAUUGCAAAAUGGUGUUAAGAUCGAGUUCCUAUACACAGUCUCGGUGGAAACAUUUCUAAGAUAUCAAAACUACAAGAUAUGAUUAAUGCCUGUGUCAACCAAGGGAAAGAAGCAAGCUGUGUCGUCGACAAUGUGAAGUGCGCACACCAAUACAUUCUGGCUAAAGCCAGAGAGUGUGAAUUAUGUGACACCGAUCCUGGCAGCCACUGUGCCUCUCCGAGAGAACCUAUUUCUCAUUAUAUCAAGAAAAUUGUCGCUAUCCAAGGCGCUCUAAACCACCUCUUUCGUUUUUCCCGAUCCCCCAGGAUGUAUCGUGUCUUGCACAAGGCGGACUUUGGCAUUAUAUGCCUUCUGGAGCUAUUGAAUAGCUCUGUGAAGUCUCCCGAACCUGGUGAACAGCUGGAGAAAGAUGUCCUCGCACCUAAAGGCUAG